AUGCAAAUGGAAACUUUAAAGGAAAGAGUUGAAUAUGAUUUUAGUGAAUAUAAAGAUAAUCGUAAAUCAUAUCCACAACGUAAUAAUCGAGCAAAAUUAAAUUACCGUGAUCUUGAACGAGGCAUGUAUGAGGAAAUUCGUCAAGCAAUAUGGGCUCUUAAUAAUCCAACAUUCAUCAAUAAUAAUAAUAAUAAUAAUGAAAACAACAAUAUACGAUGUUGUAAUGAUGAUGAUGAUGAUGAUGAUGAUAUCAUCAUUUUAUCUACCGAUGAAGAUGAAAAAACAAAUGACGAUAAUGAUCAGUUUUAUCGUCGUCUUUGGUGUUUAUGUAACAAACCAUGGGAUCAUUCAAGACUUAUGUUACGAUGUGAUUCAUGUGCUAAUUGGUAUCAUGGAGAUUGUAUUGGAGUUACUAAAGAAGACGCGAAAUCACUUGACAUGAAUGGUAAUCAAUUUAUUUGUCCACCAUGUCAAGGUAUCGACAUGUUCCGACAAAAUGAACCAGACUCUGCGAUGAAAUCAGCACGGUCACCUGAUAAUCCAAUUCCAAUAAAACGAAAAUGUUCUGAUGAUAGAUUACCAAGAAAUAAUCUUGGUAUUAGAGGAAAUAAAAUUUUAUCGAAAAGUAUUUCACAUGAUGAAUCAAGAAAACGACCAAAAAUGGACAUUUCUUUUCGAAGUAAUUCAUUAACAGAAUCAAAAGUUGAUUGUAUUGUCCAUGGUUGUAAGAAUUCAGCAAAACCAGGUUGGAUUUAUUGUUCAUCUGCAUGCAUUCGUCUUCAUAUCAAUGAUACUCUUCAAGCUAUUCAACGAAGCAAAGGAAAAAAUAAUGAAGAAAUUCCAACACGUGAAGAUAUUGCAUUAUAUGAUAGUAAAAGUAAAAAACUUUUGGAAAAAAAUUUAGUUCCUAAAAUAGAAGAUUUAUGCACUUGGAUUAAUCAACAUCCAUCUUAUGAAAUUAUGAAAUCUUCUGUACGAAAAACGAUUUUAUUAAGAGAUAAUCAAUCUACAAGCUUAUCAAGAUCAUUAUCAGCUGCUGUUAAUACAAAUAAAUCUAAAGUUUCAUUGAAAUCAAUUACAACUAAUCAACAAACGACUACGAAAUCAAUUCUAAAUAAAAAGACUCCAACACAACUUAAAAAACCUAUAAAUAAGACAAUAUCUAAUAUUAAUAGUAUUGCUGAUAUACGAUCAAAAGUUCCAACAGCUUUACAUGACAAGAUUCUAAUGCGAUUAGAAAAAAAUGGUGAAAAAGAUUUUGUAAAAGAAGAUAUACGAUUAAUAGUUAAUCAAAUCGAAGAGGAAAUGUUUCAUGUUUAUGGUAAAAUUGAUAAUCCAUAUAAAAACAAAUUUCAUUUAACAGCUAAACAAAUUGUUGCAAUGAAAUCUGAUGAUAUGUUACCACCAGAAGAAAAAGAAAAACGUAAAGAUCAAUUUGAAAAAGAAGUUCAAAGAAUUAUUAAUGCCGAACAACAAACAGCCGAAGAACUGGCCAGACGUACAAGAAUAAAAGUUACUCGACAAGAUCUUAUUCAUAAUGAUACACUUUUACCAUUGUCUACAUUAAAAGAACAAAGUUCAUUGAAGGAAAAAGUUGAUGAAAGCAAAAAUGAUCAAUCUACCAAUACUGCUAAAGAAACUAUUGAGAUUAAAUUAACAAAAACAACAACAACUGAAUCUAUUGAUGAAGCUUCAAAACCAAUCAUUUUAACUGCUGAUGAAAAACCUAUUACAAAAUUUCGAUCGGAUAAUCAAACAUCUUCAUCGAUACUUUCUGAAGAUAUUACUUCCAUAUCUUCAAUCAAGAAUAUAAAUUCUAAUGAAUUUUCAAAACUUGAAUCUCAACUCGCAAUUUCUGAACAAUCAACUCCUAUUUUCUUGACAGUGGAUCUUGAUAAUGACUAUAUUGAACCAGAAAGUCCUACAGGUAUUGAUGCAUUAAUUUACGAUGAAGAUGAAGAUGAUGACGAUGAUGAUAAUGAUUUGAAUAAUAUUAAUAAUUCUUCUUGUCCAUCUAUAAUUCAUUCAUCUAAUGAUAAUACUGAAUAUGUUAUGCCAUAUCAAACAAUUGUUCGUGAUGAUUAUAAUCCAUCAAAGAUUCAAAAUGGAACAUUGCCAAUAUAUCAACCAAUAUCAAUUGCACGUUCAUCAAAUCAAUGGCGUGGAACAAUUCAUCCGUCUGAUAUAAAAAUUCCAUGUCAAUCUCUUCAUGUUUAUGGUGAAAGUGAUUAUUUGAUAGAAAAUAUUCCUGAACAACUUAUCAUACUUGGACGACUUCGAUUAGGAGAUCUUUGGGAUUAUAUUCGUGAUUCACUUACUGUUCGUGAUAUACUUAUAUUAACACUUGUUUCAUCAUCAAUGAAUACCAAUGAUAAUGAAUUAUUUUCCAAAUAUGUUGAUACAUUAGAUACAUCAGGACGAGCUGCUGUCAUUAGUAAAUGUGUUAGUUCAUCAUCAAUUCGUGAUAUGUAUAUAUUAGCAGCUGAUACAAAAGAUUGUCCAUCGAAUGUAUUAUCGUCACUUUUCUUACCAAUAACAUUUGAAACAAAACAAUUAUUUCUUGUUAUUAUUGGAUUAGGAAAACGAACGAUGAAAUUAACAAAUCGUUCAAAUGAAAAUCCAUCAUUGAAUAAGUUAAUAUAUAAUCCAAUUGCAACACAAGAUUCAACUGCCAUACAAGAUCCUCGAUUACUCAAAACAAAAGAUCCACGAUUAAAUAGAAAUAAUAAAGCAAAUGAAAAUGUUACUCUUUCUCCAUCACAGCCGCCAAUUAAUACUCAACAAACAUCAACGCAAUAUUCAAAUGAAGAUUUGCAUAGAUUAAUAGUUGAUUCUCUCGAACUUAUUCGACAUUCAUUAAAAUCUGAUGAUAUUCGUUCAAUUGUGACGUCUACUAUGGAAAUAUUGAAAGCCAAUAGACGUGAUGAUUUGUGUACACAUUUUAAUGAUAAUCUUCGUAUGGUUAUGAUUGAAUGGCAAACUAAACAAGGAAGUACUUCAAUAGUAGUUGAUGAUAAUUUAAUAGAAGAAAAUAUGGAUGUUGAUGAUGAUCAAGAUGAUAAACAUAAAAAACAAAUAACAACAAGUAGUACUUCUAAUAAAUCAAGUGAAUUCAAUGAUGUUGAUUAUCGUUUUCUUGAUCAAGAUAUGUAUCAUCCAAUGACGUCGACAACAACUACAACAGUCGAAGAUGGUGAUCAUCGAAAACAACGACGAAAAUCACGUUUUUCAGAUCGGUUGUCAAUAGAUGGUAAUCAAACUGUAAAAGUAAAAUCAAAUAUUCAAAUUGACAAAAUUUUUUCGAAAGAAGAAACUGUCAAAAUAGCAUCAUCCAAAUCAGUCGAUAAACAUAUUAAUUCAUCAUUAAAUAGCAAAUUUCGACCAAUUAUUAAUUCAUCUGAAUCAUUUAUACCAUCAAGAAAUAUUAAAGAUAAAUUAACUUCAAAACCUAUACGUUUUUCAUUUUCUAAAGAUUCUAUUCGACGACACAAGACAAAUAUUUCAUUAACAACAACAUUAACCGACAAUAAUGACAUAUAUGAAAGUUCACCAAAAUUUAUUGAAGAUUUAAUUAAACAAGUUCAAUCGUAUGGUUAUCAAGGUUUAUCGUUGUCGAAUGAUAACUGGACAAAACAGAUACUUCCAAUUACUCCAAUACGUUCUACAGCUAUGUUGAAUCUUGUUAUGCAACAACAACAAAAGACAAGCAAUAGAUUUUCAUCCAGUACAAAUGAAUGGAGAUCAAGUAGUAAUAAUAAUCAUAUGACACAUUAUUAUGAUUUUGAUCAACCUCAAGAAUGA